AUGCAGUAUCAUCCGAGUUACCGAAGCAUUACUGAAUUGCUGGGGCAUUUGGCAGCAUCAUGUUUUCACAGACUUCAAGUGUUUGAAUCUGAUGGAGCAUAUUCCAACGACAGGCUAUAUGCUCAUCUUGUCCAACGAAACAAGUUGGCGCAAUUCAGAUACCACUUGACGCAUGUGCGGUGCCAAAAUCACCAAACACAGCUCUGCAACGUAGCUCUUUUUGCAGCGGUCGGACACAAUAUAUUGAAUCGCCUAUACGGGAUGACAGUGUUUCUCAGGAACUUGGGUCAUUGGAUCCGUAUCAAACAAACUGUCUUUGCUUGGGUCGAUGCCAACUUGGAGUUCAGACCUGAAUUACUUGCUGACAAUGCCACUGGGCAAUCCAGAAGUCACGCAGCUCUUGUUGAGAUGAUUGAGUUUUUGAAGUGGAAUCGAAAAUGCGAAUCUGAUUUGGAAGGCCCUGAUUCAGGCACAUUUGAGAAGAAAGCUAAGGCUUUCCUUGAAAUGUGGAAUUCAGAUCCAGCAAAUCCCAAGCCGGGCCACAUUUGUUCACAUGAAUCUCUACCUGCCUGUCAGCGGCACUGCGCAAACCGCAGUGAAGCUGUUAGAAAGUGUGUGGACACUCUGAUGGAUCUCUUUCUCAACACCAUGCCCUCUGUGCCGGCGCCGAACAAGUGGGCUACCCACUAUAGCCCACUCGACUUCUGUCUUGCGGGCUAUAUGGUGCACAAGUGGUUGUGUCAAGUGUUCAAAGGCGCAUUUCAAUACGUCAAAUUUCAGGAAUACAACCCUUUGGAUGAGAAUGCAGAUCCGAAAUUGAUCGAGACACUUUGUUUUCACAUGGUGAAUGGGCGACGAUUUCAAUCUUCUGUGAGCUUCCUCGAAGAUCCCGAAGAUCAAUGGGCCGUGGUACUUUUGUCUCUUUCUUUAGAACCCAACCGAAUCUUGACAUGGUAUUGGUUGGCAUGUCUCUCCAAGACCUUGAAAUACAAGCAGCGGCCGCCAUUGCAUUUGCUGCUUGAUCCUAGGACAAGCAUCGUUUGCCAAGCCCUUCAAUUUCUGAGCUCGCUGUUGUUGAGUAAGACAGGCGAGGGUCGCUUGAUUCUUCUGUGGGGACAUUUCGGGUUCGAUUCGUACCAAGAGUUUUGCAGCCGUGAGAUUGGAAAGUGCAGAAAGAUCAGACGAAUUUUGAUGCUGGCUGCCGGUUGGAUCUAUCGCAGUCUUUGUAGGGACUGGAAACAAAUGGGGCUCACAUCAGAAGAACUCUGCCACGGCAACGCGAGGAGCGGCGGAGUUAAGCUGACGGUGGAAAACGACACCUUGUGCGUAUUUGAGGUUACCGAUUCUGGUGGUAUCUCUUACAGGGAGUUCUGCUUUGUAACGGCUGUUUCUUCCCAAUCUGGAACCCAUAAGCCAGAGCAGGUCUUUGUCUGUUUGGACAAGCAUGAUGAAAGUAAAACUGACAUCUCUGGGAUUUGCGGUUUGAUUCUGGUAUUAUCUACAAGGCCAUAUGUUCAACCAACAGAGAAGGAGUUUUUUCAAAGGCAACCUUUGGCUGUGGGACAGAUGAGAAUGUACACAUCGGAUUGUUUUGUCGCCCGUUUGCUGGAUUUGCCUAAACUGUUUCAUCCAGAUUUGGUGGCUGUGAAAGUGGCAGUCUCCUUUCUCCAGUUCGAAGACAUCCUGCCGGGAAUGAUACGGGUCAUUGGUGUAGAUGUGCAAAACCCUUGCUUAUUUGCAACUGCUGAUGAGGCUGUUGUGGACACUGAUGGGCCUGAAGACCACAGUCCACAACAUUCAGAACAUGGUGUUUCUUCACACCUUCAGGAUAGUUCAGGUGGAGUUGAUUUUCUGGCUUUGUUGGAGGCUUCGGCGGAACCACGUCCACCGAAACAGAGAAAGACCACACGGUCCAAACUGAAAAAGAAAACCGAGGGCACAAAUGAGCCUGACGUUAGCAUUGAGGAAGCUCUUGGUGAUUUUUUGCUGGAUGACCUUUCUGUCACUACAUUUUUGUCAAGGGAAGAGAUUGAAGGGUUGAAACAUGUGCAGGGCCUUUGUGCAACCGCUUCCACUGCAAAUGAUUUAUCUGAAUGGAGGCCCAAUGCUGUACCCGAAGAUGCAAGUAGUGAAUCUGGUGAUGAACAGGUAGAGGAAGCAUCUUUGGACGGAGACAAUUCUUUGAAUACAGAUGGCUCAGAUGGCAUUUCUUUCACACAUGACAAGGCUGGUGAUACUGUGAUGACUGGCACACGUACAGGUGGAAGGAAUGCAGUUUCCCAAUCAUCAUCUUCUUCUGCUUCAUCACGGGAGGUUCCCAACGUUGCUGCAGUCCCUUAG